UAUCAGCAUCUCGGUCACUGGCUGUCGAGAGGACUCGGGAGUCUGGAGAAGCAGGGCAGGCAGCGCUCACCUCUCAGCCUCCCGCGUACGUCCAACACUUAGCUAAAGCUGCUCCCUCGGCAGUGGAGGUGAUGAUGGCAGCGGCAGUUGAGAGAGGAGUCGGCGCUCGGGCCGCUUUCCUGAGCCCGAAUAGCGGCGUGGGUUGCGUACCAGCACCGACAACGCUCCCGACCGGAUCCUUAGCCGGGGCUAUAGUCCUGGGCUCGGGCUCCGGUGGCAUGCCCGUGCCUAUGAACCUCUUCGCGACCUGGGAGAUAGAUCGCUCGUCCCCGAACUGCGUGCCGAGGCUCUGUAGCCUUACCCUGAAAAAGCUGGUUGUGCUCAAAGAACUGGAUAAAGAACUGAACUCGCUAUCCAUUGCUGUCAAAAUACAGGGUUCGAAACGUCUUCUGAGAUCCAACGAGUAUGUGCUCCCUCCCAGCGGACUGAUGGAGACAGAUCUAGAACUCACAUUUUCACUACAGUAUCCCCAUUUUCUGAAGAGAGAUGCCAACAGACUACAAAUAAUGCUUCAAAGGAGGAAACGCUACAAGAAUCGAACCAUCCUGGGCUACAAGACAUUGGCUGUGGGGGUUAUCAACAUGGCUGAGGUGAUGCAACACCCGACAGACGGAGGCCAGAUUCUGGGUCUCCAUAGCAACGUAAAGGAAGCGCCAGUGCGUGUGGCGGAGAUCAGCGUGUACUCUCUUUCCAGCCAGCCCAUAGACCACGAGGACAGCAGUGGUCAAGCUGGCCGAAAGACUAAAACCUCAGAUCGCUCUCCAGACAUGGACAACUAUUCGGAGGAGGACGAUGACAGUUAUUCAUCAGAGCAAGAAGGCAGUGAUGAUGCAGGUCAUGGCCAGGAUCUUUAUGACGAAGACGAUGAAGUCCGGAAGCCCAAGAAAGCGCGGAGGAAAAUGAUACGAACCACAUCCAUGACAAGGCAACCAAACUUCAAGCAGAAGUUUGUGGCCUUGCUGAAGCGGUUCAAGGUAACAGAUGAGGUCCUAGACUCUGACCCGGUAGAUCAGACCCAGGAAGUAGAGGAGGAUCUGGACUUACUCUAUGACAGUGUUGAGGUGUACAACCAGAGUGACAGCGGACCAGAGAUGGAAGACAAUGAGAGUGUCUUGAGCACACCCAAACCUAAGCUCAAGCCGUUUUUUGAGGGAAUGUCUCACUCCAGCUCCCAGACAGAGAUCGGAAGUAUACACAGCCAAAAAAGCCAACAGAGAGAGAUGUCAUAUUCUAGUGGAGACUUUCUCACUGUGGACAGAUGUAAAGUCCAAGGGGCUUGCUAUCAAGAAGACGGCAUCAAAGACACAACCAUUGCGGAGCCAGAAGCAGAUGACAGCGGACCAGGGCCAGGGGAGGUGAGCAACUGGGAUGGCAACACUGAACGGAUAACUAGCACUGUUGGCAAGCUUUGCAAGACAGAGUCCCAAAACCACAUGUCUCCGAGUAAAAUGGAGAACAGGCUGCAGAGGCGUCCGCGCAGCACCUCAAUGAAAGACAGACAGAAUUCCAAGGCCCAAAGCGACCGGACCAGCAGCAUAGACAGCGAGUGUUCCCCAGAGUUGCGACUUAUAGCACAGGUUCCCAGGAAGUCUGUGUACGACCAACUGAACCAGAUCCUCAUCUCUGAUGAACGCUUGCCAGAGAGCAUCAUCCUCAUCAACACCAUGGAGUGGCAAGGACAGUACGUAGCUGAGUUGCUUCAUGAACAGGCCCAGCCCAUUGUGUCCACUUGCUCAGCUGCAGACGUCCAGGCCGCCUUCAACACCAUUGUUACUCGCAUUCAGAGAUUUUGUAACUGCAAUGCACAGACUCCGCCCACAAUGAAAGUGGCAGUAGCUGGUGACCAGAGUUAUCUCAGCACCAUCCUGAGGUUCUUUGUGGAACAACUCGCAAAUAAGACACCUGAUUGGCUCAGUUACAUACGCUUUCUGGUCAUCCCCAUUGGCUCUCAUCCUUUGGCUAAAUAUGUGGCCUCGUUUGACAGCAAGUUUAACUGCAUCUUUAUGGACACAGCAUGGAGGGAGCUGUUCUGCAGGACGGAACGGCCCACCUCAGAUAACAUUGAUGUAGCAGGGCGUGUUGUUCAAUAUCUGGCCGGUGCUAAUGUGUCCCAUCAGUUUCCCAUCUCUGAAGCCAUGCUCACCUACAAACAGAAAAGGAAAAGAAGUUUGUAUUUUGAUUUUUACAUCAGCCCGGACGAGGACUCCUGUCAGAAAUUUGUGCCAUUUAUUGGGGUUGUGAAAGUCGGGAUUGUAGAGCAAAGCCUCUCAACCUCUGUGGAUUCUGAUGAUGCAAUGGGGGGCAACACAAGCAUCUUGGCCUCCCCCACACCCCCAUCGGCUGGUCCGUAUGGGAAGGAGAUUGGGGGAACGCCCCCCCAGUCACCCUCUGUGUCCACCGCCCUUUCCGGAGCUGGCUCUCCGUGUUCUGGCAGUGAAGUGAUGGGCCUGCAGGUGGACUACUGGACGUGGCAAGGACCCGAGAAGAAAAAAGAAGGAGAGAAGCGAGACGUGGGUCUGAAGAACACGCUGAAGAGUAACUUCCGCUCCCUCCAAGUCAGCCGUCUGCCAUGCGGAGGGGAGCUGACCCCCCCACCCAGCAUGGCCAUGACGGUUGUCACCAAAGAGAAGAACAAAAAAGUUAUAUUUCUCAGCAAAAAGCCUAAGGAGAAAGAGCUGGACUCUAAGAGCCAAGUGAUCGAUGGCAUCAGCAGGUUGAUCUGCACAGCCAAGCACCAGCACACAAUGCUGAGAGUCACUAUCGACGGAGUGGAGUGGAACGAUGUCAAGUUUUUCCAGCUUGCUGCCCAGUGGCCAACUCAUGUCAAGCACUUCCCGGUGGGAAUCUUCGGCUACACAAAACCCGUGUGACACCACCCCGACUCCUCUGCUCUGCACUUGUCUCACCAAGACGCUCCACACAAUUGGAGGGAAAGCCAACGGGCGCGCGGCACAAACUUUCCUGUGGAAAUCGAACCUACGUCCCAUCCAUGUGUUCAAUACACACCAUUUGUUUUGUCCUUCCCAUGUUUGUUACAUUGUUCUUUUUUUUUUUUUUUUCCUUUUUUACACUACAAAAAAAGAACAAAUACUAUUUUGUAAGAGUUGUGCCACCGCCUUGAGGUCAUCGGAGCUGUUUGACAAUUUGCCACAUUUUGAUAAUGGCAGCUAUGUUUGCACUUUGUUUAUUUUGUCAACAUGUUAUUUCUGUGAAAUCCUACAUUUAUUGUUACGCCAUGGAUGAUGGAGGUGUGAUGGUGAUGUGCAGUGAUGUGUGUGUGUGUGUGUGUGAGAGAGGGGUUGUGUUCAUGUUUUGGUAUAUUGCUGUGAAUCUUGGUAGAAAGCCUCUGUUUGCUCUCCUUACUCAUCCCUUCCUCUAAAUUGAAAAAAGACACACAAUGUUUGAGCUAUAAUUGACACAUUUUUAAUCACUUCAAUUAUCCAAGUCCUGAAGACUUGACAAAAUGGACUUAGAAACAGGGUAACUUUUCAAUUCAUAACAACUCAAUUCCAAAUGUUACGUUUCUAUGUCCUGGUAUGCAUUUAAUCGUCUUUCUCCCCUCCCACCGUGUAGCUUUUUGGCCUUAUGGAGCCACUGUACUUGUGUCGCAAACCGUGCAGUUGUGCCAAAGUCAUGUGUGUUUUACUGUCCCGCCAAAACGGCUUCUGGCCUUCAUGAUGCAUUUUUCUCCCUUUUGGAAGUCAGUAUUAUCACUACUGAACAGGAAUUUUGUAUAGUCUCAGCUUACAGAUCUCUGUAGGCCUGUUGGGCAACCUCAAGUGUCGGUGUGACCUCAAACACGCUUUCACCUUAGCGCCAAGCGCAAGGCAAAUACCAGUCUUGCCAGAUGUUCAAAUCACUGCCUGUGUAUGUGUGUGUGUGUGUGUGUGUGUGUGUGCGCGCGUCCAGUGGUACUCCCGGAUUAGUGUUACGUGAACUUUUCGCAAAAGGAAUCCAUUGGACAAACAGCCUUUGUGCGUUGUUGCUUUUUCUAGAUUGAAAAGCUUUGAUAGGCUGGAUUUUUUAAGUAUUGUAUAAAUAUAUAUAUAUAUGUAAAUAUAUAUAUAUACAUACACACACACAAGAUGUAUGAUAAUGAUUUGCAAAUCGCGCUUGGAUGAAAAUGAAAGCACAAAUAGCUGACAUUUUAUUUCUUUUUCAAAAGAAAUGCCAAAAUUGCGUACGUUUCUUCUGUAUGUUGUUCCUCCGACCUUUCCCGUACUUUGUAAUGCACUUUUGAAAAAGGAAAUGUGGUUUGACACAAUUUUUGGGGCACAGUUUGGUUUUAAGGUGUGAUGUGUAAACGUGUGUUCUUUUUAAAAAUGUAAACCACUACCUGUAGACGUGAUAUGGCCGUUUUCCUGGAGGUGUCGUGUUUAUUAUGUCCCGGGGUGCCUGAACGCAUCAUGGCCAUCUGUUACUUUACCUUUUGCCACAUUUUGAUUUUAGUAGCUGCCACUGCACACAAUCUGGUUGUUUUCUUGGCUGGGAAACUCAAAUCCUUUUCACACUGCCUGCUAAAGUUUGUGUAACGGAGGCCAACUUCCCUCCCUGCCACCUAAGAGCUAGCAUUGGACAUGGUGUUGACAGCUUGGUGCUCUUAACCCUCAUUAGACAGUUGGUGGUGCCGUGACCCGGAUGGUACUGACGUGUCCGGGUGUGCAUUAGUAAAUCGAACUCACUUACUCCUUAGCUUAUGCUGGAAAUUGCGUCGACAGCUUGGGCUUUAGCUCAAUGCCUAGCACGCUCAACUCAUUCGGAGGACAGAGGUUCCGGCCUCGAGCAAAGCAGAAGCUGGGGCUGGACCAGGCGAAUUACAAUAGUGCCGUGACACAGAUGAGAGUGAAGUUUGUGUACUUACCCAAUUUGAAGUUGCUCAGAACCAUCUUCCAUAGCAAAACAUGGCCAAAGACCAUGUACUAUAAUGAAGUUUUACCUUUAAAUGCACAAUUACUCCAAAAACCAAGAUAUACGAUCAUUUCCAUUCAAUACUUGGUUAUUAGCAAACACAAGAGAUUUAAAGGCCUACUGAAAUGAGAUUUUCUUAUUUAAACAGGGAUAGCAGGUCCAUUCUAUGUGUCAUACUUGAUCAUUUCGCGAUAUUGCCAUAUUUUUGCUGAAAAGAUUUAGUAGAGAACAUCCACGAUAAAGUUCGCAACUGGAGAAAAUCCCUGCCUCUACCGGAAGUCGCAGACGAGGACGUCACAUGUUGAUGGCUCCUCACAUAUUCACAUUGAUUUUAAUAGGAGCCUCCAUCAAAAAGUGCUAUUAGGACCGAGAACGACAAUUUCCCCAUUAAUUUGAGCAAGGAUGAAAGAUUCGAGUUUGAGGAUAUUGAUAGCGAUGGACUAGAGAAAAAAAACGCGAUUGCAAUCGCGUUCCAUUGAGACGGAUUCGUGUUUUUAGAAAUAUUUACUAGAAUAAUUCUGGGAAAUCUCUUAUCUUUCUAUUGUCUUGCUAGUGUUUUAGUGAGUUUAACAUACCUGAUAGUCGGAAGUGUAUGUCCACGGCCGGGUGUUGACGCGCGGUUUCUCUGGGAAGUUGAUGGCAGCUGUACGGGAGGCGCAAGCUCAGCUGAUAUCCGGUAAGAGGCGACUUUUUAACCACAAUUUUCCCACCGAAACCUGCUGGUUGACAUGUAGUCAGGAUCCAUGUCCGCUGUGAUCCAUAGUAAAGUUUCAACUCCGUGAAUUUUAAACAAGGAAUCACCGUGUGUUUGUGUGGCUAAAGGCUAAAGCUUCCCAACUCCAUCUUGCUACUUUGACUUCUUCAAUAUUAAUUGAACAAAUUGCAAAAGAUCCAGCAACACAGUUCUCCAAAAUACUGUGUAAUUAUGCGGUUAAAGCAGACAACAUUUAGCUGUGUGUGUGUGUGCGUCGCGCUCAUACUUCCUAAAACCCGUGACGUCUUGCGUACACGUCAUCAUUAUACGUUUUCAAGACGAAACUACCGGGAAAUUUAAAAAUGCAAUUUAGUAAACUAAAAAGGCUGUAUUGGCAUGUGUUGCAAUGUUAAUAUUUCAUCAUUGAUAUAUAAACUAUCAGACCAUGUGGUUGGUAGUAGUGGGUUUCAGUAGGCCUUUAAAGUUAAAAAGUGGCUUUGCUACACAUCACUGAUCAAGGACCUCAUCUAUAAAACUGGAAUUUGUAGCCUCCAAAGUUACGUUUCAUAGCUCUCAUUGCGUGGUGAAUCACACAAUUCCUCGGCAAGUUUUAGAAAUGAAAGCCCAGAGUUGUCUGAAAAGUAUUUAACAACAGAUACUUUGUAUCUGGUUUGUAGGAUCCAUGUGAGUUUUGCAGGACUUCUGUGUAAAAAAAAGGCUCAACUAGCCCCUCUAGAUAAUGGACUUUGGCUGUGAAGUGUUUUGUGAGGGAAACUAUAAAGUGAUUUUGAUUUUUAAGAUACUAAAAAUGGGCAUGGUGUGUAUUUGGCCUACAAGUUUGGCUUUGCCCUUAAUCCCGCCGUAGCAUGGGAAGGUGUUCCACAAGGCAGGACCAAUGAGCUGCUGUGCUUGGUCUUGGUCCAUGACGGGACUUAAAGAAGUCCAACAUGAAAGACAUGUGGUCUCAUUGGUCCUGUCGGCAGAGAAGCCACCCACUGUCUUUGCACAAACCCUAUUUCCAAGGACGUGACAGUAUUUUGAAAUGUACCACUAAAGAAUAUGGGUUACUCUGCAUGUUUUACUAGAGUUGUAAAUAUGUUUUGGAUUUUUAUAUUGUUUUUUUUUUUCUUUCCAUGCUCACAAGCAGUUGUGUUUAAUAAAAUUUGUAAACUUCUGUACAAA